UGGGGACAACAGCAACAUCUGCGGGAUAUUGAAAUGAUUCUCGAGAUCUGACGACAGUAAACUGUGACUAAAAUUUGGUACUAUUUAUGGGAAGCCCGAAGUUUUUAAAUGCGUACCACUAAUUCACGUUAACAAUCGGAAGGGAAUCAGAAAUUAAGUAGGCCUACACAUGGAGGGAAAAAGCAGAGAGUUUGUGCUUGGUGAGGGUGAAGACACGAUGGUUGAGAAUGGAGGGCAUCUUACCCAAGUUGUGGACGGACUUACCUUCCAAGAUGACAAACACAGCCAGCGCACCCUCCAGGCUUUGCACAUGAUGCGAAAGAAUAGACACUUCUGUGAUGUUGUCCUGCAUGUUGGGAGUGCAGAGUUCCAUGCUCAUAGGGCAGUGUUGGGUACAGUUAGCCCCCAUUUAUUUGAGAUGUUCACUGCUGAUGAUGAGACAAAGGGCAGUCAACGUGAGAAUGUCGUCACAUACAAGCUUAAUGGAGGAUUUGAGAAGAGUGCUAUUGAGAAAUUGAUAGAUUACGCUUACACUUCAAGACUGGAAGUGAGCAAUCACCAGGUGAAAGCUGUUUAUCUUGCUGCAUCGUACCUGAAAAUGGAUCGUGUGGUGCGUGAAUGUGCACGACACCUCAUCAAGAACUUGUCUGUUGACAACUGCAUUGAAACAAGAUCACUUCCUGGCAUAGCCAGGAAUAAGAGUCUCCUUGAGCAAGUGGACAACUUCAUAAACAGAGAGUUCACUCAAGUUUCACAGUCAAACAUUUUGCUGUCAUUGCCAUGUGUGAGAGUAGAAGUUCUGAACCAGACAAGACAAGAAAUGUCUCUUGUUGCUUGUGAGUCAGCUUGCAAAUUAGCAUUGGAGUGGGUCCGACGACAGAUUGAAGGAGAUGCUAUUCUAAUUGAGCAACUUACAGAGAAAACACAUCUCCUGUACCUGGCAUUGGACAAUUCCUUACAAGAUUGCUCUGAGUUGCCGACUGGUGAUGUGGGUGACACUGAAAUAGUUCAAGACUAUAAGAAAAUGUCCAAGAAGAGUCAGGCAAAUCCCAAGGGUCGACGAAAGGCUCAGCUGCAGCCAGCCAAACCACGUGUUCUCCUCUAUUCUCGUGACAUAGGUGAGAGAAUUGAACAACAAACUGAAGAAGACUGGAGCCUUAUUGCUUCUACCAAAGUUGCAGAACACUCAUUCCUGGCACUUGUGACACUGAAUGGACAGCUGGCGACAAUGUCUAUUGCACUACGUCUUAAUCAACCCUCCAGCCCAUCUCCCGUGAACACUCCAGUGCCAAGUAGACCCUCCAGUGAGGAGAAACCUGAUUUGUAUUGUGUAAUGGCCAAUAUGAGUUCAGUGAAGUGUGCUGUUGGCUGUGCAAAUCUUGACAACAAGCUACUUGUUUGUGGUGGAUAUGAUCGUGCAGAGUGUUUGAAAUGUGUUGAGUCCUAUGAUCCAAGCACCAAUCUGUGGAUUACCUUGGCUCCUAUGAAGGAAGCAAGAGGCCGCUUUGGUAUUGCUGUUGUUAAUGGCAAAGCCUUUGCUGUUGGUGGAAGCAAUGGUUCAACUGAACUUGCAACAGUUGAGGUGUACAAUGCAGAACACCACAAGUGGUCCCAAGUUACUUCACUCCCACUAGCACGCUGCAAUACAGGCGUUUGCAGCUUAGGUAACAAGAUUUAUUGCGUGGGUGGUUGGAGUGGACAAGUGGGGAUUCGACAGUGUGACGUCUAUGACCCAGAGAACAAUACUUGGACAAGUAUUGCACCUAUGCAGACAGGUCGGAAUCAGGCUGGUGUCUGCUCGAUGAAUGGGCUGGUGUUUGCAGCUGGAGGUUGUGAUUCCUGGAAUUGCCUCAAUACAGUAGAAGUUUAUGAUCCACAAACAAACUGUUGGCAGUUCACUACAAACAUGAUUACUGCUCGGCGUGGAUGUGGGCUCACUGUUUUCAAAGGCAAACUGUAUGCUGUUGGUGGGUCAGAUGGAACUCAUUCACUAUCUUCAACAGAAAUUUAUGACCCUGUAGAAAAGACAUGGACCCCAGGACCUAGCAUGACAACUCCACGUGCAAAUGUUGGAGUUGCUGUCAUUGGUGACAGAUUGUAUGCUGUUGGUGGAUUUUCUGGGAAGACAUUCCUAAACAGCAUUGAAUACCUGGAUGCUACAACUGAUGAAUGGACAACAUUUGUGCCGAAGGUACUUCCUGUGGAAGAGACGAUCCUCCAGGAUCAUGAGGAGCAUCUGACACAGAAUGGAGUAAACUGUGAUAAAAGCAAUCAGCAGUCUUUGGACAAUGACAGUGAAAAUGAGAAAGUACAAGACGAUUUAAAGAAUAAAACUGAAAUCAUCCAAAAUGGUGUUAAAGAAAGCUUGAGCCAAGGGUCAGUUACAGCAGUAGGAAGUUAAGGAAGUUAAGGAAGUUGACUUUCUGAAGCAGCUCUGUACUGAAAUGAGUCAUAAGUAUUAGUCUUAUUUAAUGACAGUAAAUUGUUUUGAUUCUUUGAGUGGCAAGUUUUGGCCAUGGAAUUCAAUGUUACAGAGCAUGUGCUUCAGAAGUGAAGUUACCUUAAGCUGUGACUGAAAUGUGAAGAACAAUGGAAAAUUUUUGAAGACACUGGCAUUUCUUUCUUAUUUAUGCCUGGUGAUAUGAUCUCUGAGGUUUUAUUCCCCUUGCCAUUACAAAUUAGUUCAGACUGUGAUGUGAAAUUGCAUUUAAAAAGGAAGUUAAUUUUUUGAUUUGGGACUUUCUGAAAUUAAUCUGUUGUAUGGUGCCACCUACAUUUUCAGACCCAAAAUUCUACCUCUGGCACCAGAAAUACAGGAAGUUUCCUACAACUAAAAAGACUACAGUAAAAAAUCUUUGUUAUUUUAUGUUACUUCAUAUCCUUUGAGAUGAAAUAGGCUUGAGACAGAACUGAUAGACACUGUGUGUGUGUGUGUGUGUGUGUGUGUGUGUGUGAGAGAGAGAGAGAGAGAGAGAGAGAGAGAGAGAGAGAGAGAGAGAGAGAGAGAGCGCGGUUGAUUAUGUGAUGAUAUAAAUCAUAUGUGGUAGGCAGUAUGAGUGGAACUCUGAGGGGGGGAAAUAAGAUUUGUAUGACAUAUUCAUAUGUUACACAACUGUUGCAUUUCAUAUUACUUACCUUAAUUUUAGUAGACAACUCUCAUAACAAAAAUUCUAUUGUGAUAGACAUGUAGAUUCAUAAAUGUUAAUAUUGUAUCUCAUGUUCUUGCCUGCUAGCGCUGUUUUUAUAUAAAAAGGAAAAAGUGUUGAAUCAUUACCUAAUUUUGAAACAAUGUUCAAAAAUGCAAAGCCCUGUCCUUAACAUACAGAAACAUAGUAUUACUCAUUUAUUUGAAAAGGUCAUGUGAAAGAUCUUAGUAGUUUAAAAUGAGCCUUCAACUUUAUUUGUAUCUUACGUAUGCAGAUGGAUUGAAACUCCAAAAAUUUUAAUUGUUUCAUACUAUAUUUGUAGGAAAUAAAGAAAAGCUGUUUCUCACUAAUGACACGUAGUACAAACAAAAAAUCUGCAAGAAGUGUGAAGCAGAGUAAUAACUGAGUGUUGAUCAAUCAUUAUUUUUACCUAUGAAUGUAAUUUCUUUUAUUUUUAAAUAUUCUUGUUCCAUGGUGGGGUGUGGAAUAGACCAGACUAAAACUGUUCAGUUAUUCACAUCUGUUACAAUUACUUUUGUCAAUUGUAUGUACGAGAUGGAAUAACCAAAAUCUUGUGCUUUGAGCAUCACUGUUACAAACCAUAGUGUGAAAAAUAAGAAUGGUUUUCUAAUUGUGUAAAAGAUGGGGUUAAUUCUUAAUGAUCUAUUUUGUAUAAAUUUCCUUAAACUGUUCAGAUGGAAAUUGACCAAGCAUCCUGUGUUUUUUGUUGAAUGGGUUCUUAUGGGGGCAAAAAGUGACUGAAAGAAACUUAAUUUUAUCAUUAAAUGAUCAUGCCAAUUUCAUAAUGAAUGAACUUUUAUAACAAAAAUCUAUAAUGGUUGAAAGAUGUGAAAACCUUUGAUAUCUGAAAACAAUUUAUUUUUGUAAUUGUUUACAUGUUCAUUAUCACACCUCAAUCAGGAAUCUCAUGCAUAUGUAACUACAUAUACACCACAAAUUUGGAAGACAAUCUUCCUACCAGAUAUUUAUGUAUCAUGAAUACUGAAAUAAAUCUCCACAGAAUCAA